AUGUCUUCCUCCAAACUCCAAGAUGCGGAUGAGGUUUUCGGUAAGCUCCUUAUUCCUCCCCGGCCUCUCCCUAUCCCUGCGCCACCCAGGGGCUGCGCCUAAAAAGAAGCAUUUGUAAACCUCCUAGGACCCUCACUACAGGUGGCAUGUUGGUGGGAGGGUGGAGGGUUUUUUUGGGGGGGGGUCUUUUUAUAUUGCAAACUGCCCUGUGACCUUCGGAUGAAGGGCGGGAUAGACGUUUAAACAAUAACAACAAAAAUAACGUGGCAAGGGAAACAUUCUGCAUGUGCUCAGAGACACUCUCACAUUCAUAAGGCCCCCAUAAAAAGGUAAAAGGACCCCUGACUGUUAGGUCCAGUCUCGGAUGACUCUGGGGUUGUGGCGCUCAUCUCGCUUUAUUGGCUGAGGGAGCCGGCAUACAGCUUCCGGGUCAUGCCACUUCCGGCAAACCAGAGCAGCGCACAGAAAUGCCAUUUACCUUCCCGCCGGAGUGGUACCUAUUUAUCUACUUGCACUUUGAUGUGCUUUCAAACUGCUUGGUUGGCAGGAGCAGGAACUGAGCAACGGGAGCUCACUCCGUCGCGGGGAUUCAAACCACCGACCUUCUAAUCGGCAAGCCAUAGGCUCUGUGGUUUAACCCACAGCGCCACCUGUGUGCCUUUCAUAAGGCCCCCAUAGAGAUGGCAAGUUGGAGACACACAAUUCCCGUGAAUUGUUCUCGCAUUGGCGGCACGUAUUCUAUUACACUGUGGUUCAAAAGCCUGUGUGCAGUGACUCCUUGCAGGGACUGAGGCAGUUUCCCAAGCAAACACACAGAGCACAACGUUCAUCCAGGGCCCUAGAUUUUAAAUCGCAGGCCCUGCCCUGAGCGCAGUGUGAAUUAACUCUAUUUUUUUUAAAAGAUAUUUAUUGAAAUUUUCAAAGUGUUACAAAAAAUAAAAUAGAAGCAGAAGAAAAUACAAAUAAAAAUAGUUGACAAAGUAGAAAAAGAAAAAAAUAACAAACCCCUUCCCACCAUAUGAGUAAAAAUUCAAAAUAAAAAAGUGACAAGAAAAAAACCAAAAUACAUCACAAACCGUUAAAAACAUUUAAAAACAAAUUCAUUAUUUUCAAAUCCUUAACUGUCAUUGCCUUCUUUCUUAGACCUCCUCCUCCUCCCUUUCUUUGUAUCCUAGUUAUUAAUUAUCCCAGCAAAUCCUUUCCAUGUUUCAUAAUAUUCUGUCAUUACAUUACCCUAAACUGUUUUAAUCUUAUCUUUCUAUAAAAUAAACCUUAAAGCUUAAAACUUAAAUCUUAUCCUUACCAACUUCUCAUAACCAUAAUAUUCUUUCAUAAUUCUUUAAACAUCUUUGCUAAAGCCAAGUAAUUUCAUUCCAACAUUUUUCUAACAUUCAUCAAUUUUAUAAAACAGUUCUAAUGGUAGAGAAAAGAGAUACAAACAAAUCCAAUCUUCAUCCAACGUCCCUUCCUCCUGGUUCCGGGUUUUGUCAGUCCUUAUUAUCCCGUCGAUCUAGCCCAUUAACCUGGCAACCUUAUAUCCGAGGCCCUCAAGUCUCUUCCAUGUCCCUUCCGCAGCUCUUUUUCAUAUUUGUAACUGUAUUUUCCCUUGUCUCCUGCUCGUGGUAACUCCAGCUUGACAAUGUUCUUAACCCUUCUCGACAGAUCAGCCCCUUUUCCAUAUUCAACACUGAAUUCCAUGUAGUAUUUAAAAGCAUGUUUCAAAGACCCUCCAAAAUUAAGAGCCCCCACAAACCCAAACAUCUCACGGCCCAUUGCCAUAUUUGAAAAGUCCAAACGUCCCAGCAUAGGGGGGUCAAUCCAGCCCCCCAUUUCCAAGCCAAACCAAACUUUUCCUUUCCAAAUCUGGCUUUUUCCAAGUUCAUUUGUCAAAUCCGAAAACUCAUAUUCCUGUUGGGCCUGUUCUGUCAAGACACACUCCUGAUUUAAUUCCUGAGUGGGCUCCACAUAUUUUCCCACUGUCUGUUCAAAAUUUCCCACUGCCUGUUCAAAAUUUCUAGUCGAAGUCGCCAUCCAAUUCACCUUCUCGUGUAAUUGUUCCAGUAGGGCAUUUGUUUUAUAGAGAGCACACAACAAAGCUUCUGAAUACAUUGUCCUGCAAGGUCAGAUGCCUGUUCCCACGGUUGUAAUCUGUAACAGCUGCCGGCUCCCUGGAGUUGGUUACAGUUUCACAGACUCCCUCGAGGGGAAAACUUCUAUUUGUUCUUGCAACAAAGUUUCCCUUUUUGAGAUACUUUGUCAAUAUAUAUUCCUUUAAAAUGCGAAGGGGAACAGUGGAAUCACUAUGUUUCUCUUCUUUUAGCUAUCUGUCAAAAACACUUGUCUUUGGUCAAUGAACUUCAAACGUCAGUCCUGACACCCCGCUCCAGGAUCAGGACGGAGGAAAGUUACUUUACUUUAAAGUCACUUUAAACAGUCCAAAAAGAUCCCCCCCCCUUCUCCUGCUGUCGAAGGGGGGUUCCACAAUUUUAAAUGGUGAAAUCCAAUCCUUUAAAGACGAUUUUCUGAGCUCUAGUUUAAAUUGUCUUUGCUUUAUUCUGUUUACAAAGGAACGGAAGGCUGACUUCCUGUUUAGACCUUCCUGUUCCGUACCAAAUUAGAGUAAGUUUUUAAAAUCCAAUUCUUUUCUACUCGUUAGUCCUUAUUUGAUGUCCAAUUGUUCAAAGUCUAAGUACUCACGGGUGCUUAUUUUAAAGUCCAAAUUGUCCCAGGAAAAAGGCAGCGCUCUCCGGCAACGGCUAUGCGGCUUCGCUCCACGGAAAUAGCAGUUGACUCACAGCACCGCGCCACUUCCCCCUCUUCACUUCGGAGCCCGUUAGUGGGUUCCUUAGCGGGUUGGGGGGGCGCUAAUGGUGCCCGCCGAGUCCCAUGGUCACAGGCUUCAUCCGCCUGUGAUUUUUAAAAGGGUCCCCGCUUCGCCGUAGCGGAGAAGACCCGUUUCCCGCGGAGCUAGUCCCUCCAGUUCAGAGGGAGUCCGCCAUUGCCGGUGGCGCCACCCCGGAAGUCCAGUGUGAAUUAACUCUAAACACAGCUACAAACCAAGCUAUUGGGGAUUAAGGAUGGAGCAAAAUGACCCAAAACAAAAUGCCAAUGCUCAGCCACACUCAUUGUUGGAUUUGAUGCUGCUGGCAUGGUGCCCAUUGCUGCCUGCUGGGCAUUUUCCAUUUCUGUGCUUUUGAGCUUACAAACCUGGCGUCUGGGGGAGGAGGCAGAGAGGCAGGGCUUGGGGUCACCAUCCUAGCUUCUCAUCUGCGUCUUGAAUCUGGGGGGGGGGGGGGAAUGUCACUUUCUGCACGUUCUAGCAUGACCCAGAAGAAUUUAUUCCUUGUGCGAUGCCCCCUUCUUCCUUUUCAAAUACUCAUAUCCUGACCAUUUGGCAUGUUAAGACACAGCUGGAACAUAAAUGGGGUUGCAAGCUCCUCCCAUCACCUCUAACCAUUGGCCAUGCUGGCUGGAGCUGAUGGGACUGCGCUUGGGGGUCUGCAGUUCCCCAGCUCUUCUUUAUGAACUCAGGCAAGAGAAAAUCCUUCUCAUUACCUGCUACCUGAUCCUUUUAAGUGGAGAUGCUGUGAGAUUGAAGUUGGGGCCUUCUGCAGUCAAAGCAUGCGCUCUAUGGCUUCACCACCCUGAACACGUGCUAGAUAUGAGUUGGGGGAAAUAGCAGUGCCAUAUUAUUUUAGUACAUCUAUACAGUGGUACUUCGGGUUACAGACGCUUCAGGUUACAGACUCCGCUAACCCAGAAAUAGUACCUCGGGUUAAGAACAUUACCUCAGGAUGAGAACAGAAAUCAUGUGGCGGCAGUGGGAGGCCCCAUUAGCUAAAGCGGUACCUCAGGUUAAGAACAGUUUCAGGUUAAGAACUGACCUCCAGAAUGAAUUAAGUUCUUAACCUGAGGUACCACUGUAUAUAUCUUAAGUCCCCCAUCACCAUUAGAAGCUCAAGGUGGCAUGCCUGCUUCCCGCCACCCAUUUUAUUUUCACAACAACCCUGUGAGGUGGGUUAUAGGCCGAGAGAAAACAGCUGGCUCAAGGUCACUCAGUGAGCUUCACAGUGAGGUGGGGAUUUGAACCCGUGUCUUCCCAGUGCUCGUCCUUCCCAGCACUUUAACCACUAUACCACAUUCCCACUAGCUUUAGAUAGAAAGAGGAGUGGAACCUAAAAAUGAUUUCUUCCCCUUUAUUUUAAACAAAACAUUAAAAGAAUGUAGAUAAACGAAACUUUAACCAAGUGGGAGGGGGAAUAAAAGGUAAAGGGACCCCUGACCAUUAGGUCCAGUCGUGGCCGACUCUGGGAUUGUGGCGCUCAUCUCGCUUUACUGGCCGAGGGAGCCGGCGUACAGCUUCCGGGUCAUGUGGCCAACAUGACUAAGCCGCUUCUGGCGAAGCAGAGCAGCGCACGGAAACGCCAUUUACCUUCCUGCCGGAGUGGUACUUAUUUAUCUACUUGCACUUUGACGUGCUUAUGAACUGCUAGGUUGGCAGGAGCAGGGACCGAGCAACGGGAGCUCACCCUGUCACGGGGAGGGGGAUAGUCGUCUGCAUUUUUCUGGCACUUAAAAAAAUGGUUAGUUAAGACUUCCGUCUUAAAACUGUUCAAUGGGCAACUAAAGAACUAAAACAAAAUGAAUAAAACUCUUUAAAGAGUCACAAAGCAGUGCAAACAUUGUAGGGGAAAAGGGUAGCCUUACUCAUUCUGAAUCACAGAGGUGCAUUUGGAAUCUCACCGUGCAAAAACUUUCUGGGGUGGCAUGAUUUAGAAGGAAGGAAAGAGGAUGGAGGUUAGGCUCUCAGUACCUACAACCAAAACAUGGCCAUAAUAUGCCGUUAGUUAAGAAAUUGUAAUUAAGAAUCCAGGCAUUAACUUAUACCUGAGCAUGCCUGUUUCCUCCUCCCUCACCAAUCCAAUUUCCUUUUGUGCCAUGGUUUUUCAGAUUGUAAUCUCGAGGGCAGUCUUUCUCCCUCUUUUUAAAAAAAUCACCCUGUAAGCCGUUCUGGAAGGAAACCUUUUUUGGCUGCAGUGCAGGCUAAAAAUUACUUAAAUAAAAUAUGAAUGUGUGGGCUCCCUCCGUGACGUCAAACACCGAUAAAAACUCAUUGGGACGUACCUUUCUAUGCUGUGUAUUUCAUUCUUGCAUUUUAAUUUUACUUGUGUACCACCUUGGAAAGUUUUAUAUCCUGAAAGCUAUGGUUGGAUGGAAAUGAGUGCUGGAGAGGGCUGACUCACCCAGUCACUCCGAUUGUACAGUGAUGCUUUUCUUCCUGCCUGAACAAUCGUGGCAAUGCUCAUGGUAAACAAUUCAGAAUAUCUGGUUGCAAUGAGGGCAAGCUGAAUCUAGGCGGUGCAAAAAACUACAUCUGCUCCACAUUCUUCUGUUCCUCAUCCUAUUAUUCACCCAGAGCCAGAUUUCCCCCAGCUUUUUCAAAUCUAUGCCCAGAUUAGAUUUCUGCACAUGUACGCAUGCAUAUUUCAUGUAAGGGGCUGCAUUACGAAAGCAUCUCUGAGCAUGUGCAGAAAACUCUCUUUGUAGAGUAACCUAUAGGUAAAAAAAGGUAAAGGACCCCUGGACAGUUAAGUCCAGUCAAAGGUGACUAUGGGGUUGCGGCGCUCAUCUCGCUUUCAGGCCGAGGGAGCCAGCGUUUGUCCACAGACAGCUUUCCGGGUCAUGUGGCCAGCAUGACUAAACCGCUUCUGGCACAAUGGAACACCGUGACGGAAACCAGAGCAUAUGGAAACGCUGUUUACCUUCCUGCCACAGUGGUACCUAUUUAUAUACUUGCACUGGCGUGCUUUCGAACUGCUAGGUUGGCAGGAGCUGGGACAGAGCAAUGGGAGCUCACCCUUUUGUGCGGAUUCGAACCACCAACCUUCUGAUUGGCAAGCCCAAGAAGCUCAGUGGUUUAGACCACAGAGCCACCCGCACCACUACAAUCAGCCUCGACGCAGCUGGGAUAUGGGGAGCAGGUGCCCUAUGGCUGAGAGCAUCCAUGCAACCCGAGCCCUUUCUAAAACUAAGCAGUGUUGUGUUUUGUCUUGUAUGUGCAAGCACAUGUUCUCUGCCACCUCUCCAACUUUGCUUGCUGAUGUUUCAUGUCUCCCGAUACCGUUGUUCCUCGUUUCCCACUCCCGGCAUCCCUGUGUAGUCAAUUAAGCGAUGGCUGACUUUUUGCUCCCGGGAGACACCUCGCCGCACACAUGGCUACACGCACAGCGACACACACACUCACACAAACAAGCGAGCCCCUCGCGCUUCCUGCCUCAAGAUGCCUUGCGGAUCUGAUUAAUUCAUGAGGCUGUUCUGUAUGCAGGGAAGGCGCUGUUGGGAGAUGGCGCAAACAUGCGUUGCAAACGGCAAGGGAGAUAGGACUACCGUACCGUUGAUAUGUGGGCAUAAUUGGAGCAUUUGAGGGCCCAGGCAAGCAUGUGUGGGUGUCUGUUUGUGUGAAAGAGAGAGGUAUGUACGGAUAAAUGGUUUUGUCUCAGAACUGAAAUCUGCGCACGGCGGGGUCAAAGUCCGCGGUCAAACUGCGAACGUGGGGAACUGUAAUCUGACAGCUACGUUUGUUUGCUUUAAAAGCCACUUCAGAAAGACAUGAUUGCAAAAGUGGCACAGAGGGAAGGUGCUUAACCUUUCUUCAGCCGCCAUUUCCCCCUACUAAAUCACACACACACAUCAAUAGCAUUCCUCCAUGAAAGAUGCUGAAUGUAUAUUUGCAGGGGGGGGGAGGAAGAAAGAGAGCAAAAUAGUGUUUGUGUACAGCAGCAACAAAAGUAAAAAUAUGUGUGAGAAAUACAGAGGUGUACAUAGGUGUCUAUGUAUAGCUCUCAUGUACUUCUGUGUCUGAAGGGGGGGAAAAUGAAUGAAAAAGAAAUAUGUUUCUCUAUGUGAGGCUUGGUCUGCAGCUGGGAAUUUGCCCCAUUGAACUUGACAGAACUUACUUCUGAGUAGACAUAAGAUGUCUGUAUUAAGAGUGGGUAAAUGCUUCUUUGGGAACGCAGUAUGUUUGUGUCACAUCUGGGAUUUGGCUACAUGAUACUCAUAUUUCACAGCCGAUUUGCACUAGAUUCAGGGUAACCACAUGCACAUCACCAGAAAAAGAGGAAAUAAUAAUAAUAAUAAUACUCUGGGCAGCUCCCAACAGAAUUAACGAUGAUAAUGAUGAUGAUGAUGAUGAUGAUGAUGAUGAUAAUAAAGCGAUAAAACAUCAGAUAGUAAAAGCUUCCCUAAACAGGGCUGCCUUCAGAUGUCUUCUGAAAGUCAGGUGGUUGUUUAUUUCCUUAACAUCUGAUGGGAGGGCGUACCACGGGGAGGGCGCCUCUACCAAGAAGGCCCUCUGCCUGUUUCCCUGUAACCUCACUUAUCACAUAUAGGGAACCUCCAGAAUGCCCUCGGCGCUGGACCUCAGUGUCUGGGCUGAACAAUGGGGGUGGAGAUGCUCCUUCAGGUAUACUGGACCGAGGCCGCUUAGGGCUUUUAAAGGUCAGCACUUUGAAUUUUGCUCAGAAACGUACUGGAAACCAAUGUAGGUCUUUUAGGACCGGUGUUAUAUGGUCUCAUCGGCCACUCCCAAUCACCAGUCUAGCUGCUGCAUUCUGGAUUAGUUGUAGUUUCCUCCACCGCUACCUUGUGGCAUAGAUUUGCAUAAAAUUUGCACAUGUUGAUUUAUAGGAAUAGAAGAAAAUUUAGAAAGAAUUAUUAUAAUUUAAACUGAAAUACAGUGCAUUUUAUUACUUAGUUGGGACAUUUGUAAUCCUCGGCACAUUUGGGAAGGAGCACACUAAAAAAUAAAUCAGAAGCAGUGGAGUCUAAAACACUGACUGUAAAAAAACGGUAAGAAAACUUUUUUUAAAAAAACCCCACAAGACAUUCUGUCAGCCCAGUGCUUCAGACCCAAGACAUUUUGCUGCUUAAGGCAGAACAGAAAUGGUGCCUCUACCUAAGGUCUAGUUCUUUUGCCACCUGAGGUGGAAAAAUCCUAUAGGAAGUGGAGUAAUAACAGCAGCAAAUUGCUGCCCUUUCCAUUCAGUUGCUGCCGUUUCUAAAACACACGCCGGGUGCCAUUUUGAAAAGGAGUCCUGACAGGCAAACUAUGUUGUUUCAGCCGUGUUUCUUGUUCACGCUGCCUUCCUUGUUCGUGUGUAAAGUGAGGGGUGGAUGGAACAUAGUUUUUAAAUCAAAAUGGGAAGAGCUGAGAUUUCCUAACUUCAACGGGGUCCCCCAGCCCUGCGGUAGGGGCAAGUUAAACAAGUCUCCACAUGUAAACCCUCUAACAUUUCUCCGAUAAAAUAAUAAUAACAAUAAUAAUAAUAAAUUUUAUUUAUACCCCGCCCUCCCUGGCCAGAGCUGGGCUCAGGGCGGCUAACACCAGUAAAAUUACAAUAAAAACAUAAUAGGAAGGGGGGGACCCAAUUUAAAAUACAGUUUAAAAUGCAGCCUCAUUUUAAAAGUAGCCCAUAGAUCAAAACCGUAAGGGGAGGGAAACAUAAGGGUCAGACUGAUUCCAAACCAAAGGCCAGGUGGAACAGCUCUGUCUUGCAGGCCCUGAGGAAAGAUGUCAAGUCCCACAGGGCCCUAGUCUCUUGUGACAGAGCUUCCACCAAGUUGGGGCCAGUACUAAAAAGGCCGUGGCCCUAGUUGAGAGCAAUCUAACCAAUGGGGACAUUGUAUUCAAUAAUAAUACCCUGCCCAUCUGACUGGCUUGCCCCAGCCACUCUGGGGGGCUUCCAACAUACCGGUAAAUAAAAACAACAAAACAUUAACAUUUUUAAAAACUUCCCUGAAGGGCUGCCUUCAGGUGUCUUCUAAAGGUUGUCUAGUUACCUCCUUGGUUGGGGGGGGGUCGCAUAACUCCAUCCCCUCUGACAUUUCUCCGAUGAACAUAGGGACGUCCUAAGGAAAAGCGGGACAUUCCGGGAUCAAAUCAGAAACUGGCAUGGCUUCUGGAAAUCCGGGACUGUCCCUGGAAAGUAGGGACAUUUCGAGGGUCUCCCAGGCCAAUAGGUGUAAUAGGAUGCCCGCCCUAUAGGUAGCCUGUUCUGUUCUGGGAGGUCAUGUCUUUGAAAGGAUACUACUGAAUGACGGCUGUGCUCUUCUCUUCUCUGAAUGCUCUCUCUGUGUGUCUCCUUCCCUUCUUGCCCUCCAUUCCACCACCCCUUUUCUGUGUCCCCCUUACUCGGUGGGGCUUGAAUUUCACUCGUUUGCCCCCUCCCCGCUUCCCUCCUUCCUUCCUUUACGUUGCAUCUUGCCCUCUCCGCACUCCAUCCUUCCUCCCGCGGCCGCCCCCCCGGCCGCUUCUACGCUGACCUCUUCCUCUCACGCUCGCUUUUCCUCGCCUGCCACCGCUCUGCCCCCCUUCCCGUUUCUCUCUUUCACCCCCAGAUUUUAAUGAUGUGAUUCCAGAGACCCAGAGGCUGGACAGCAGCUUGCAGAAGGCCCGAGCCCAGCUCUCCGCCAAAGGCAGGCGGCAGCGCCCCUCCAGGUCCCGGUUGAGAGACAGUGUCAGCUCCACAGAAGGGGAUGAUAUCCUGGAGAAAAAGGUCAGUGUUAAGUUGUGGGUGAACAUAUCAGACGACACAGCGAUUCUUCAAACAGCUCUUGUUUAUUCCCAGGCCAAAACAGAACUGUACUGAAGGGUUCAGCCAGCCUGCUUAUAUAGAGCUCCACUACAAUGCAACAGUAACCACUUUCUGUAACUAGCCAAUCACGGAACGUCACUUUCAAUUCCUUAUUUGCAUAUGUGGACCUGAGUGAAAACUAUCUACAGUAUCCCCCUGCUGGCCCAGGGUGAGAACUUCAGUACAUAACAGUCAGUGCCCGGCCGAUGCCCCACCAAAUAUCUACCUAUGCAUUACUCUCGCUUUCAGACCCUCCAACAUCCCACGGAUGAAAACAGGGAUAUUUCUCACUCCCUCCACCAAUGGACCAAGGUGGAUAAAAAUAAAUGAAUUAAAAAAUAUUUUAAAAAUCUCAUAUUUUUAAAAUUUAAAUAAGAUUUUUUUAAAGUUUAAAUUGGAUUUUUAAAAUUUAAAUCGGAUUUUUUAAAAAUAAAAUGCUUUUGGAGGAAAAUUUUUCUAAAGAUAGUUUUCUAUUGAAGUUACCUUAUAGUCCAAAGGCUAUUCAUCAGGUAAUAAGGAUUUGUUUUAAGUUUUUCCAUGUGUGCUAAAAUUCAGACUAAGCUUUUAAAAAAAAUAAAAAUAAAAAAUUGUUUAACCACAUCAGUUAACAAACAUGGAUACAUAUGCUAUAAUGUUAUUGUUUCAGUUAAACAAAUUAUUUAAAUUGUUAUGAAGGAAAUGAUUGUUUUUCUCCUUCCAAUAAAGUGUAGCAGAAAAGUUGUCCAAAUAUAAACUGUUAACUCAUUAAACCUCAAAAUAAUUUUAUAAUUAUCUGCCUAUGUAUUUCUAAUAGUAUAACCAAAUCAGUAAUUUUUGAUAUUACUGUAAAAAUGACUGAAAAUUUAUCAUUCCAAAAAUGAAACCUUUGUCUGGUUGUAAAUAUUAAGAUUAUACCAGCAAGAGUGAGUCUUUCUGUAAAAAAAUGAUUUAAAUCAAGUCUUACUGACUAGUGAUAUAAAUCAAGUUUCACUGACUCAUGAUUUAAAUCGAUUUGAUUUAAAUCAAGUCUACCCUGCAACGAACCCUCCUCAACCCCCAACGCACACACCCCGCGGGGCGGAGCCUCAGUGAUGACAGUCUCUCCCAGGUCCGGAUUUAGGUUUGAUGAGGCCCUAAGCUACUGAAGGUAAUGGGGCCCUUUACAUGUCUGCUGUCCUUUGUCAACAACAAAUUGCUGCUGUUUUUUUGAGUUGAAUAUAUGCUAUAUGGUAAUUUAUGGACCUAAUAGGUAUCUCAAGCCAUUUGCACAUCUUGCUAUGCAACCAGUCCAUGGCGAAUGUGGGCAACCUAUAUAUAGAAAGGAGCAAACCGGUGAUAUUUUAGGCUAGCAGGCAGGGCCCAUUACUUACAUCAUAGGAGCCUACACAACACAAAACACUGUUGCUGUAUGUAGGAUUUAUUUACUUUGCUUUUUAUCUUAUAUUUUGGAAAUGUACAUCCAGGUUUUUUUCCUUUUUAAUUUUUUGGGCGCCCCCAAGAGAGUGGGGCCCUAAGCUAUAGCUUGUUUAGCUUAUACGUAAAUCCGGCACUGGUCUCUUCCAUACACUCCAACAUUUCUCUGACGAAAAUAGGGACUUCCUAAGGUAGGGACGCUGGUGGUGCUGUGGGUUAAACCACUGAGCCUAGGACUUGCUGAUCAGAAGGUUGGCAGUUCGAAUCCCCGUGACGGGGUGAGCUCCCGUUGCUCGGUCCCAGCUCCUGCCAACCGAGCAGUUCAAAAGCAUGUCAAAGUGCAAGUAGAUAAAUAGGUACCGCUCUGGUGGGAAGGUAAACGGCGUUUCCGUGCACUGCUCUGGUUCACCAGAAGCGGCUUAGUCAUGCUGUAUGCCGGCUCCCUUGGCCAAUAAAGCGAGAUGAGCACCACAACCCCAGAGUCGGUCACGACUGGACCUAAUGGUCAGGGGUCCCUUUACUUUACCUUUUACCACCUUGAUGUCAAAGUGCAUGUCAAAGUGCAAGUAGAUAAAUAGGUACCACUCCGGCGGGAAGAUAAACGGCGUUUCCGUGCACUUCUCUGGUUUGCCAGAAGCGGCUUAGUCAUGCUGGCCACAUGACCCGGAAGCUGUAUGCCGGCUCCCUCGGCCAGUAAACCGAGUUGAGCGCCGGAACCCCAGAGUCGGUCACGACUGAACCUAAUGGUCAGGGGUCCCUUUACCUUUAAGGAAAAGUGGGACAUUCCGUAAUAAAAUCAGAAACUGGGACAGCUUCUGUAAAUCUGUGACUGUCCCUUGAAAAUAGGGACACUUGGAGGGUCUGCCUUGAGCUCGCAGGUGAACCCACCACCCUCUGUAUCCUAAGCAUCAUCUCCUUGGUUUGGGCUUUCAGAGAUGCCUGUUCAUCUCCUGGUGGUUGAAACAUCAAGGGAUCAAAUCAUGUUGCCUAGAAGGCUGCCCACCCCUGGGUGGACCUGGAAGGUCACUUAAAGGCCCACUGGGGGGUUGCAGCCAGAUCUCAGGUGGGGCGCCGCAGGAGCACUGCCAGCAUGCAAAUCUAGGGUGAAAGCAUAGGAGCCAACUCCUGGGGGCUGAGGUCCCUUUGCUCCCCCCCCCCAAUAAAAUGUUUGAGGGGAGAACCCAAAGUUGAUGGGCAUUGCCAUUCAAAUGGUGCGUGUGUGCUGCCUCUUGUGAUGGACUAUGCAAGGCAAGGCUUAGCUGCCUCCCCUAUUUUAUUUGAUUUUAUUUGAUUUUAUUCAGGUUGGCACUGGGGUUAAGAAAAGGGGUCCCAGAGGCAUGUUUGGGUUAAAAAUGGUUUCUGGGUCUGAACAGGUUGACGAUCAUCUGGGCAAAAUGCCCUCGUGGUACCGUACCUUACAGAAUAUCAUGGGGCAGUGACCCAAAAGUUGACAUUUCACACUAUUUCCCUUGGAUUAUGGGAUGCCCCUUUCACUGCUAUGUGAAGUAGCAGCCACCAGUUGUUUCAGAUCACUUGUGGAAAAUAUACUUUUUUGGCCAGGUGAAAGUUUGAGCGUUCAUUAAGUACCCAAGCUCUUGUUUUAUAUGCCUCGACACAACCAUUUUACUAGUUUUAUGUUGUGUUCUUGCUUCCACGACAUUGUUUUGCUUCUGUGUCGUGCAUCGCUUAGUUUUAAACAUUAAGCAGUAUAUAAACACUUUUAAAUAAAAGGAAAAUAAGUAACUUUCAUCUGGUUUGCCAUUGUUAAACAAGGUUCUAAACUGGAUAAGCCAUUGGUCCAACUUUUCAUUUAUUCCUACAUAUAAUAUCACAGAUAAACCAUUAAUCACUCCAAUAACAGAAUCCCUAGUGGGGCCAGUUCACCCAUUCAGAUGCCGGUUCAUAAGUUAUUACAGUUCUAUAGAGAUACAUUGUGGAUGGACCAGCCCUAAGCCUCCCUAAUAUCCAAAUUAGUGUUGCUGCUGUACACUUUCUGUAGGGAAGGUGGUCAUAGAUGUACCGUAUUUAUCUUGUUAUUUACACCCAGGCAGCGAAUGUGUUUAAUCCUGCUCGUAGCCGCCUUCUGUCCCCAUAAUUCUACUCACUCCACUCCACCCCCAGAUGAAAUCUCUCAUGAAAGAUCUGGAGGGGCUGUUUAGAGGAUCACUACAAUUAUUGUCCAUUAGCGUUUUCAUCUCUAUUUUGCAAAUUGCAGAUUGUACUUGAUGGCCACAUGUUUAGAUGGCUUUUUAAAAGCAGAUUGGGCCAAUUCCUGGAGGAUGAGUCCAUCCAUGACUACAGGUCGCGAUGGCUAUAGGCACCUUCUAGAUUCAGAGGCCGUAUGCUGUGGGACCCUCAUUUCUGUGGCCUAAGAGAAGGAGAACGUUAUUGUCCUCUUGUCCUUGUUGUGGGCUUCCCACUGGCAUGUGGUUGGUCAAUGUGAGAACUAAGAUGCUGAACUUAAUGGGCUGAUCUCGCUGGGGGUCUUAUGUCUUUCCUCAUUCUAGUCCAGUGAGAUAGCACCACUUUAGCUAAUGGGGCCUCCUGCUGCCGCACCGCCGGAGCACGAUUUCUGUUCUCAUCCUGAAGCAAAGUUCUUAACCUGAAGCACUAUUUCUGGGUUAGUGUAGUCUGUAACCUGAAGCGUAUGCAACCUGAAGCGUAUGUAACCCAAGGUACCACUAUAUUACUAUUAGUAUCAUUACCAUGGAUGGUUAGGUGGCCAUUUGUUGUACUGUGAGACCCCCCUCCUGGUCCACUGGGCAUGCAAGUCUGUCUGCAGUCAGAAUGCCCAGGCAGCUGGACUCUUUUCUAUCUGCUUCUCCUUGCAGGCGGGUGAUAGCUGUGGAAGCCCUCUCCACCGCCUGAGGUCUCCUCUCCACGGUUCCCUCCAGGCCUCAUCUCCUCUCUCCGGUUCCUCGCCCUUCACUCGCGCCGGCGAGUUCUCCUUUGAUGCCCCGACAGUCCGGAGGUCGGUGGAGCAGGAAGAGCAGCCGUCGUCGCCCCUCAUCCGUUACCGACCUCUGACCAACACCUCCUCCCAGGAGGCCUUAGGGGGCACCCCCACCAGCUCCUCGCCCAAGUCCUGCCACAGUUCAGACAGCUCACCCAUCUAUGCACGCAGGGAGAGGCACAGUGAAGGUAAGCAGGGGCUCUGGGCAGCUUGGGGCUGGGGGAAACCAUAGACCUUGCCACAAUACAUGUCAUCAUUGAGGGAAGAAGUACCGUAUUUUUUGCUCUAUAAGACGCACCAGACCACAAGACGCACCUAGUUUUUGGAGGAGGAAAACAAGAAAAAAAACAUUCUGAAUCUCAGAAGCCAAAACAGCAAGAGAGAUCGCUACGCAGUGAAAGCAGCAAUCCCUCUUGCUGUUCUGGCUUCUGGGAUGGCUGCGCAGCCUGCAUUCGCUCCGUAAGACGCACACACAUUUCCCCUUACUUUUUAGGAGGGAAAAAGUGAGUCUUAUAAAGCAAAAAAUACGGUACCUAAAGGGCACAUAACCUGUCUGCAGAUGCACAAACCUACCUGCAGAUUGAUUUGAUGCAGAAAAGGUUAAACCUCCAUCCUCCCAGAAAUAUCCUGUAAGUUCUUAAAGAAAGUAAACACACAAUAACCUCAAGAAAAGGUUAUUUCUGUAUGCCACCAGUGUUUUGCUAGUCCCCAAAUUGAAAAUGAGCAAAGUCCCAACUAGAGAAGAAUGGCAACUUAAAACUGACAGAAUAUAUGCAGCUUGCGGAACUAACAUAUAGAAUAAGAGAACAAGAAGCACAUAAGUUUAAAGAAGAUUGGAAAAUGUUUACUGAAUAUAUGGGAGGAAAUUGUGUACACUUGAAAACGUUGGCAGCAUUAAGAUAAAUUCAACAGUGUAAAUAAGUUUUGAUGGAUGUAAUAAUGGAAUAAAAGGUAAAGGUAAAGGUACCCCUGACCGUUAGGUCCAGUCGCGGACAACUCUGGGGUUGCACACUCAUCUCGCUCUAUAGGCCGAGGGAGCCAACGUUUGUCCGCAGACAGCUUCUGGGUCUUGUGGCCAGCAUGACACAGCUGCUUCUGGUGAACCAGAGCAGCGCAUGGAAACGCUGUUUACCUUCCCGCCGGAGCGGUACCUAUUUAUCUACUUGCACUUUGGCGUGCUUUUGAACUGCUAGGUGGGCAGGAAUUAGGACUGAACAAUGGGAGCUCACUCCGUCGCGGGGAUUCGAACCACUGACCUUCCGAUGGGCAAGCCCUAGGCUCUGUGUUUAGACCACAGCGCCACUGAAUGGUAUAGUUUAUGUAAAAUAUGCAGAGAUUUAUGUUAUGCAAAAUGAACCAUGAAAAGAAAAGAAGGGAAGUCAUUGAUGUUUUAAGGUUAUUUAAAUGAAUACACUAAAUUGUAAAACAUUUGCGCUUGAAUAAUAUUCCUUACACAUCUUUCCAAGCCUUCAUUUCAGCCAGGGCUUCAUUUCAGAGCUUAGUUUUCCAACCCCAGGCCAUAUGCGCAGAACACAGGAAAUAUUAGUAAAAACAACGGAGCUCUUGAGCAUGUGCAGAAAGUUGGUUGGCGGGCGGGGGGAGUAUAAAAAGGAGAAUUCCCCAGAUGCCAAGAUCCAGGUUUGGGUGCAAGAAAUCUUUGGUGAAAGAACCCCAGCAGAUAUUUAAAACCACAAAAUAUGCAACAAAGCAAAGCAUGUAAUAUAGGCUACUGUGCCUUUAAAAUAUGCUCUUCUAAGGUCCUUCUAAAGUCUUCCAUUUUCCGUAGCACAGAAAAAGACCACACAUUUGGAAAGCUAAUAAUGUUUACUUACAAACUCUUCAAAGGUCAGGUUUUCCAUACAGCAGUCAGAAAACACAGGCAUCAAAACUUAGGCUAAUUCAAAAGUGGUUAAAAUCCCUACAUUAUUUGUGUAUCAGGCUUUGGCCUAAGCACUUCUCAUUUCAGAAAUUAAACACUGUUCCCUCUCACCUCCCCGUUUCCCCUUCCAGAUGACAGCCGGGACACGAGCCCGCCAGAUCCUGCAAGCCCAACUAUUGGUCUCGACAAGAAAACCCGACGGAAGUUUCUGGAUUUAGGGUGAGUCUUGAAAGCCGGCUAUUCAGAGACAAGGAGUGGACCACACUGAUUCAUUUGGUAUCUUUGGGGUCUCUUUCACAGCCCCCUCUGCUUGUGUGCUUUCUACAUAUCUCAGAACUGCACCUGAUUUUUCCACAUGUGCCUAAUUGUCCCCUUCCUGAUGCACAGGGUCACCCUCCGAAGGGCAUCUUCUGGGAAGAGCAGGAAAGAAAAAGGGGGCAAUCGUCUCUCCAUGGGCAACAGGUAAGCAAUUGGCAAUUUCCUGAGGCUCCUCUCAAAUUGAUUUCUCGUGGAACCCUGGAAAUUAUGUGGAAGGUGGGUGAUACACAGACAUGCGCACGCACACACAUAAUAGAGGGGCGUCAGAAACACCCACCCAAAAAAGUGUCAUGCAAUUGUGUCCCUAGUGAUAGCUUUUAUAGGUUUUCCCAAACUUGGGUUUCCAGCUGUUUUUUUUUGACUACAGUUCCUAUUAUCCUUAGCUAGCAGGUCCAGUGGUCAGGGAUGAUGGGAAUUGUAGUCCCCAAACAGUGGGAGCAGCGUCGGAUUUACGUAUAAGCUAAACAAGCUAUAGCUUAGGCCCCCACAAAAUUUAAAGGGGAAAAAACUGGAUGUACAUUUCCAAAAUAUAAGAUAAAAAACAAAUCAAAUAAAACCUACAUACAGCAACAAUGUUUGUGUUGUGUAGGCCCCUAUGAUGUAAGUCAAGGGCCCCGCCUGCUAGCCUGCUCCCUAAAAUAUCACUGGUUUGCUCCUUUCUAUAUAUAGGGUGCCUACAUUCUGCUAUUCAUAAUCAGUAGUAGUUUGCAUCAUAUACUUACACCUAUUAUUAUUUCAUGUUAUAGCAAGUUUCUAGGGACUAGAUUAUGAGUCUUUGUACAUUGCGUUUCUAAAGGAACUUUUGUUAUUGCCAAAUACCAAUGUGUUUGCAUUAUUAAGUUUGUUAUGAAUAAAAAAAUCAUUUUAGGCUAGUUUAAUAAUUAUUUCAGUAUUAAUAUACUUCUUAAUUGUAUUUCAGUUCAAUAAUUACUAUGAUAAAAUACAUAUUUUGUUAUGUGCAAAUGGCUCUAGAUACCUAUUAGGUCCAUAAAUUACCAUAUAGCAUAUAUCCAACACGAAAAACAGCGACAAUUUGUUGUUGACAAAGGACAGCUAGACAUAUAAAGGGCCCCAUUACCUUCAGUAGCGUAGGGCCUCAUCAAACUUAAAUCUGGGGGGAGAGUUUGGGAAAUUUCACAACUGUGCUGAGGCAUAUAUGUGAAACUAAUCCGUCUCUGACUAUGUUUCAUCUUUGGAUUCAUGCUCCCCAUCCUGAUCACAAUAAAAAUAAAUAAAAAUUAAGAUUUAUUUUUUAAGUGAAUCUUGUACAGAUAGAAUAAGGAAAUAUAGCUAAAUGCAACAAAAUACCAUGCAGUUUAUUGGUUCUUUUAACAGUACAGUGGUACCUUGGUUCCAGAACGGCUUAGAUGUUGAACGAAUCGGCUCCCAAACGCUGCAAACCCGGAAGUAAGUGUUCCGGUUUGCGAACGUUUUUUGGAAGCUGAAUGUCCGACACAGCUUCCACGGCUUCCAAUUGGCUGCAGGAAGCUCCUGCAGCCAAUUGGAAGCUGUGCCUUGGUUUCUGAACGGUUUCGGGAGUCGAACGGACUCCUGGAACGGAUUAAGUUCGAGAACCAAGGUUCCACUAUAUAAUGAUUGUAUCAGUUCGGAUUAUUUAUCAUUUCUCACUUGCGUGACUGAAAUUGCUUCCAAUACUGCUUUUCCAGCACCUUAGCACUUAGUUCUGAUCCCAGUAUUGCACAAAGGACGUGGGUGGCGCUGUGGGCUAAACCACAGAGCCUAGGAGUUGCUGAUCAGAAGGUCGGCGGUUCGAAUCCCCGCGACAGGGUGAGCUCCCGUUGCUCGGUCCCUGCUCCUGCCAACUUAGCAGUUCGAAAGCACGUCAAAGUGCAAGUAGAUAAAUAGGUACCACUCCAGUGGGAAGGUAAACGGCGUUUCCGUGUGCUGCUCUGGUUCGCCAGAAGCGGCUUAGUCAUGCUGGCCACAUGACCUGGAAGCUGUACACCAGCUCCCUCGGCCAAUAAAGCGAGAUGAGCGCCACAAAACCAAAGUCGGUCACGACUGGACCUGAUGGUCAAGGGUCCCUUUACCUUUACCUAUGUCAGUAUUCCAGUGGGAGUCUCUUUUCCAAUCCCGCGACCUCCCCAGAUUUUUCUUAUCGCAAGUUAUAUCAUCAGCUUUGCAACCCCAUUUCCUUGCUGUUUAUACUUGUCCCCCUUCCCUGCAGGGAGCUGAUGGAGGGCCCCAGCCGCUCCUCUGCCUCGACCUUCAUGCCUUUCUCCUGGUUCACGGACAGCGGCAAAGGCUCCGCCUCCUCAGGAAGUACUGCCUCCCCCACCUCCUCCCCCAAGAAUGAGGCCUUCAGCCGCAAGAAGUCUGCCUCGCAGGUUAUGAGUCCGUCUGAUGGGUAAUGGGCUGGUACCCCAAGCCCCAUACUAGGGCAUGGUUGGCAGUGGUGUAGCGUGUGUGUAGGGGAUCACAGGGGCGGUUGCCCCAGGUGCAAGAUUGUUAGGGGGCACAAAAUGUCAGCACCUGGUGCUGCCUCAAUACAGUCGCUGGGCUCCGUUGAAAACGGCUUCUCUGUGCAAACCAGGAAGGGACCUUUCCAGACAACUUCCUGGGCGCUGUUGGUGCCACUAGGCAGUUGAAUGUGCAUGUGUAAUCCGUCCUUUUCCCUCCCUCCCACCCUCUCCGCACUGCCCCGAGCACUGACAACCCAUGCUACACCACUGACAGCUUCUGCUGUUUUGGUGAAGCUGAGAAAGGGCAGCCUUUCCUAGCAAGCGUGAGCUGGGUUAUUGGAAAUGAGGAAAUUCAUCGCCAAAUGAGGAGACCCAGAUUUGCAUACAGUUUGUGUAUGCAGACAUUGUGUGUCAUCACUCCCCCCCCCCCCCGGUUAUACGUGAUCAGCUCGUGUGCAACCACGUAUACGCGUGGCACUGGUAAAUAAAUAAAUAGGUUCAAACCAGGAAAUGGAGAGCUCGAGAGUCCUUGUGCUUGAGAGGACAUCCUCCCCGGAGCCCAGAGAGGAUGUCAAUGAAGGCAGAAGAUGCCCAAAGAGAGCAGAGGUGCCCCAUUCAUUUAGGCUGCUCAGCCUCCCUGCCUAGCAGCUGACUUAUGGGGUAGCGUAGCAGCUUUAGUUGAGGAGAGAGUUGUGUGUAGAGAGAGAGCAGAAGCAAGAGCAGAAAGGAACAGGCAUUUAGAGGCCUGACAUGGGUGGCGCUGUGGGUUAAACCACAGAGCCUAGGACUUGCCGAUCAGAAGGUCGGCAGUUCGAAUCCCCGCAACAGGGUGAGCUCCUGUUGCUCGGUCCCUGCUCCUGCCAACUUAGCAGUUCGAAAGCAUGUCAAAGUGCAAGUAGAUAAAUAGGUACCACUCCGGUGGGAAGGUAAAUGGUGUUUCCAUGCGUCGCUCUGGUUCGCCAGAAGCGACUUAGUCAUGCUGGCCACAAGACCCGGAAGCUGUACGCCGGCUCCCUCAGCAAAUAAAGCGAGAUGAGCGCAGCAACCCCAGAGUCGGCCACGACUGGACCUAAUGGUCAGGGGUCCCUUUACCUUUACCUAGCCUCUUGCAUGAUUUUUGCAUGUGUGCAGGCCUCCAGAAUAUAACCCCCACAUGAGUGGUGUUAUUCCUGCAUAAGACUGGUGUGUCCGUAUGUCCCCCCCACCCGCCUCCAGUACAAUAAUUGUUUUUCCGUGUGCCACUUUUCUGCAGUAAACCAUGCUCAAUGUACUGCAUGCCAUCAAAAACGACCAGCUAAUUCUGUAAGAACUGCAAUCUACCUCAACAUUUAUAAACAGUAAUGCAAAUAUAAACAAUAUUAUUUAUUUAUUUAUAUUUAUACCCCGCCCUCCCCGGCCAAGACCGGGCUCAGGGCGGCUAACAUCAACUAUAAAAACAAUUGAUUAAAAUACAACUUAAAAACAGGAUUAAAGUACAACUUAAAAUGCAGCCUCAUUUCAGUGGAAGCUCAGAUCAAAAACUGUUUUGGGGUGAGAAAACGUCAAAUCUUCACCAAGGCCAACUAUCCAGACUGGUCCUACGUGGGCCAGAAAAAAGCAAAAAGCCAGGGAAGUCCCCAAAUAGGGGUUCCGUCACAGAAGGAAAAGGAAAGAGGGGGAUCAGGCUGGUUCCAAGCCAAAGGCCAGGCAGAACAGCUCUGUCUUACAGGCCCUGCAGAAAGAAAUCAGAUCCCGCAGGGUCCUGGUCUCAUGAGACAGAGCGUUCCACCAGUCCGGAGCCAGUGCUAAAAAGGCCCUGGCUCUGGUUGAGGCUAAUCUGACUGCCUUAGGGCCCGGGAUCUUUAGAGUAUUACUAUUUAUGGACCUUAAGGUCCUCUGCGGGGCAUACCAGGAGAGGCGGUCCCGUAAGUACGAGGGUUCUAGGCUCCUAUGAAUAAAUAUUCAGUAAAGCACUCGCCGAUAGCAAGAGCUAACAAUAAAGAAUAAGAUACGGAUAAGUAGCAAACUAGAACACAUAUCCCAAACUGAAUCUUGACUCCAGAAGCAAUCCCUAAUUGAUAUCUCGCCCCGAUGUUUUCUGCUAGGAACCAUAGGCAGCAGAAGCAGCCUUUGUAGCUGGAGUCAGUCAGCCCACCCCCACCCCCAGCCUGGUCAAAAAGGGCCAGGCUGAGAGUCGCCUUGCAGGACUUUUCCUUAACCCUUCUCUGUCCUGCCAACAGGAAUCUACCCUGAGUGAUGACUCCACCCCUCCCAGCAGUAGCAGCAGCCCCAAGACCCUGAGUGGAGCUCAUCCUGAGACGACAAAGUGCUCCUACCCCUACCACACCCUGUCCCAGUCGUCUGAUGAGGUAAGUCCCCUGGCAAGCGAUGCCCCGGUGCACCUGGGUCUUUAGAACCACCUGCACAAUGCCACCGAUAUCUCCACCAGGGACGCGGGUGGAGCUGUGGUCUAAACCACUGAGCCUCUUGGGCUUGCCGAUCAGAAGGUUGGCGGUUCGAAUCCGUGUGAUGGUGAGCUCCCAUUGCUCUGUCCCAGCUCCUGCCAACCUAGCAGCUCGAAAGCACGCCAGUGCAAGUAGAUGAAUAGGUACCACUGUGACGGGGAGGUAAACGGCAUUUCCGUGCGCUCUGGUUUCCGUCACAGUGUUCCGCUGCACCAGAAGCAAUUUAGUCAUGCUGGCCACAUGACCCGGAAAGCUGUCUGUGGACAAACGCCAGCUCCCUCGGCCUGAAAGCGAGACGAGCGCUGCAACCCCAUCGUCACCUUUGACUGGACUUAACCAUCCAGGGAUCCUUUACCUUUUUACCUCCCUCCAGUCUGCCCUUUAAUGAGGACUAGUAACUUUUUUCUCUUGGAUCCUGAGUGCACCUGUUUUUGGCUCAACCUGCUGUUCUGAGAGCCGAUAUCUUGAGCAAAGACUCACCAGCACUGAACCAUGUGAACAACUAAUAAAAAAACAAGGCCCUUUGAGCAUGGGCAGAAUACACCACUUGCUACCGACGACAGCCCAAGCUGGAUGAUGGUCUCUCCUUUUAUACUGCUAACCGCCCUGCAAUCCUCAGAUGGAUAAAUUUAAUCAGUGCUGGUUUUUUGGAAAAAUAGUGCCAGAACUCAUCAUGAACACCACCCAUUGGUGCCCACCUGAGAGGUGCCGCAACCGAGUUCCAGUGUAUUCCAGCUGGGGGGUGGGGAGUCCUGAAUUUAAUAAAUAAGUUAAAAACAAAAACAUCAAGAUGCAUUAUCGUCAUCAUCAGUGCUUUUCUUCUAGGGGGGAAAAAGGUGCCGGUACCAUGUACCCCUGAGUACCCUCAGAAAAAACAACAACACUGAUUAUCAUCAUCAUCAUCAUCAUUCAUUGCAUACUCUCAUAAUCCUCUCUGCAGUUCCUGGAUGAGCCUCUGAGUGCAGCUUCGACGUGGAGCAGUCAGAAAGUGGGGCAGUGGUUGGAGAGCUUGAACCUGGAGCAAUACAUGGCAGAAUUUGCCGCCCAGGAAGUGGACGGCCAGCAGCUCCUCCUCCUCGAUGGAACCAAGCUGAAGGUGAUGGAGAAGAGGGGCGAGGGGGUUUGCAUCCCAGCCACACUCCUGCUUUGCAAUCGCUGCUGGCGGGGUGGCAAUGCUUUUCUGCUUUAGUGGACUGCAGAGAGCUUUGGGGUUCUUCCUUUGAGCAGUGGGCGGCUGGGGAGCCGCUGGUGUAUACCACUAAGAUGGGUUGGGCUCUGACGUGGUCGCUAGGGAUAGCCUAACUACUGUUGUCUGUGCUUGGGUAACCCUCAAGGUUAGAUUACUGCAAUGCGUUAUACGUAGGGCUGCCUUUGAAGAUGGUCUGGAACUUCAGCUGGUGCAGAAUUCAGCAGCCAGGUUGCUCACUGGAGCAAGAUGGUUUGAGCAUAUUAUACCGAUCCUGGUCCGACUGCACUGGCUACCAAUUAGUUUCCCAAUUCAAAGUGCUGGUUUUGACCUAUAAAGCCAUAAACGGCUCAGGACCGCAAUACCUCAAGGACCGCCUCUUCCCAUAUAAACCUACCCGGACCCUGAGAUCAUCUUCUGAGACCCUCCUUCAUGUGCCUCCUCCUUGAGAGGUCUGGAGGGUGGCAACAGGAGAACGGGGCCUUCUCUGCAGUGGCUCCCCGUCUUUGGAAUGCUCUCCUCAGGGAAGUUCGCCUGGCACCUUCAUUACACACCUUUAGGCACCAGGCAAAAACGUUCCUCUUUAACCAGGCCUUUGGUUGAUCCAAUUUGCAUCCUAUGCCCUUUUAAAAUGUGGCUCUUUGGGGGGUGGGGUAUUAUUGGGUUCUUGCUUUUAUUUUUAUUUUAUAUACUGUGAUCCUUUUAUGCUAACUGCCUUGAGACCUCUGGGUAUAAUAAAAUAGUAAUAAUAAUAAUAAUAUCCACCUUGCAGAUAAGGUUCAAUACAGAUACACAGAACCUAAUUUUUUUUAGUGUUUACUAACGAGGACCUAAUUAACUUUUGCUGACCCUGCAAAAAAAGGUGGCAAAAGUUAACUAGGACGGCACAUGCAGAAUUAAAAUGAACUCAGGAACUUUCAACGGGCAAGGAAUCCUAGGAGUACAUGAAGCUGUUUUGUCCGGAAUAUUUGUCCAUGUAACCCAGUACCGUCUACUCCAGCCGUUGCCAGGAUGGUGCCAUCAUCCCUGCUGGAAACGCUGGCUUGGGGUUAUGAGAGUCAUUGUUCAAAAAAUCGGGACGGGUAUCACUGUGGCUACCCUUGGCCUGCUGUACCCAGCAGGGACUGUCACAGGGUCUCAGCUUUCCCAACACCUGCCAUUUGAUUUUUUUAAACCAAUGAAGCCAGGGGUUGAGUACAGGACUCUUUUUUGACAAGAUGGCACUUUAGGAUGAGAAAGGGGAAAGAAGAGCAGGUGUACCAUAAUGUCAGAGACUGGCAGGCCACUGGGACGGAGGACUGGAGUCUGACUUGGGAAAAGGGGUCAUUGAUUUGGGGGGAAAUCAGAGGCAGGGGAAGUUUCAGAGCUGGAGGGUUGAGCACAGCAUAGGUCGGAAGAAGGGGAAGAAGAGGCAGGUCAGGCAAAGGAAGGACCCAGGUGCUUCCCCACCCUCUCCUGCACCAUUACUCCGGAACCAGGAGGGGACUGAAGAGGGAGGAGCAGAGGAAGUUUCCACUCAGGCCAGGUCUCAGCUCGUCAGGGGAGGUACAUAAACUGGUGGAGGGAGAGUGGUCCCCUGUUGCUGUAACUGCUCCAUAGAGCGUGGACCCGGGAAUAGCUGUCUAGACGCUAGAUUGUUGUGCGUAGUUAUCCAGAGCUGCAGAAGUGGCAGGGUUAUCUUAAACAAUAGAGACUUAACUAUCUGCCAUGUUCAUUCCUUUGGCUGAGAAGUGCCCUUGACACACAUUUGAGUGUCUGACCACAGCUUACCGCCUAGUCAGCCAGCUUAAGAACCUCUUCUGUGAAGGUGGUGUCUGAGCCCUGACCUCCACUGCAGGAAGAAUGGAGAUACAGAAAGCGAUGCUAUUGCUGAUAUUCAGGAGUGCCAGCUUGCGCCCACGACUGUGGCUGCCUGGGGACAUGGGUGCCUUGCAGUGUGCACUGAAAUUUGUGGGUGCCCAGCCCUUUCAUGGGGAAUUUUGUGGGUGCUCGGGCACCCAGGGCCCCAGGAAGUUGGCACCUGUGUGGAUAUUUGUGUGGAAUUUUGUGGGUGCUCACGUACCCAGGGCCCCAGGAAGUUGGCACCUGUGUGGAUAUUUGUGUGGAAUUUUGUGGGGGCUCACGCACCCAGGGCCCCAGGAAGUUGGCACCUGUGUGGAUAUUUGUGUGGAAUUUUGUGGGUGCUCACGCACCCAGCGCCCCAGGAAGUUGGCACCUGUGUGGAUAUUUGUGUGGAAUUUUGUGGGUGCUCACGCACCCAGGGCCCCAGGAAGUUGGCACCUAUGUGGAUAUUUGUUUGUGUGUGUGUGUGUGUGUGUGUGUGUGCUGAGGACACAAACUUCUGAACUUUGCAUGUUCCAAAUUCUCCCGUCACGUCCCUGCAGGCUCUCGGCGUCAGCAACUCUCACGACCGUUCCCUCCUCAAGAGGAAGCUGAAGGAGCUGAACGCGGCCGUUGAGAAGGAGAGGAAAGCUCAGGAGAAAGUAGAGAAGCAAAAGAAGCAGAAGAAGAAAGAGCGGGAACUGGAACAGAAGAAGAGCUAAGAUAAACGGAGUGUGGGGGGCGGGAAAUACGGGGGUGGCCGCUUCCAGGCACACGGGGCUCACACCCUCUUCACCCACGGAGCAUUUCUAGGGUGGGGGUGGGACGGAUCAUCUGCAAACUGGGAAACGGACGGGGGAGGGACCAGAAGCAGGCGGCGCACUGCCGGCAAAGGUUAAGGGUUUGGGUGGGGGCUGAACCUGCUGUGGAACCGGGCAUGACAGAGAUGGCGGUGGCAGCCGGACACCACCGCCGAUGGCCGAGUUGGGCCACGGAGAGAAGGCGAUACCUCUGCCCAGUGGCGUCCUCACCCCCUUUCAUUGCCUGGACGGUCCAACCGCAUGUUCAGCGGGCCCACAAGCCCUCCUGCUGCUGUGAUGUGGGAAGGGCGGUGGCGCAGAUGCGAACCGAGGCCCCGACCUGCGAACAUCUUCCGAUCACACCUCCCGUCGACUCCAUUCCGUUCCCUCCAGCGGCCCGGAUGUGUCCGCGCCCGAUCGGUGCCAUUUGGGUGUCCCCUCACGCCGCCUCGUUCCUGCGAGGCGGGCCACGGCUGCCUCAAGAGACACAAGCCACAGGUACACUUGUGCGCACAAACACACUCACACACGAUUUCCCCAAACGGAAAAGGACGAGAUGAAUGCACAACACCACUACCUUGUCUGUCUCUCCCCACUCCCCAGCCCUGCAUCCUCCCUCCUGAACGGGUUCUGCAUCAGGUCUACUCAGGCCUGACUUCUUCCCCACCCCGCUCCACCUACCUGGCGACCUGCAUUGCGGAGAAAGGGGGCAGGGGGAGGCGGGGGCAGGCUCAGCCGAGAGGAAGAACUGUGUGAGAUUGCCACAGAUGUCUGGUGAAUACACAAUGAGGAACCACAAGGAAUAAAAGAAAGUUUUAAAUUGUUCCCAGGAUGUGCUCCUAUUUUUAUUAUUAUUAUUUUAAUUUAAUAUUAUUUUUUUGCAUUGAAGGGGAAGUGGCGGGGUGUUGUUGUUGUUUAGUCGUUUAGUCAUGUCCGACUCUUCGUGACCCCAUGGACCAGAGCACGCCAGGCACUCCUGUCUUCCACUGCCUCCCGCAGUUUGGUCAAACACAUGCUGGUGCCUUUGUUUCACAACCUCAGUUGUCUUCAGGACCUCAUAACUCUAGCUAUGUUUUCUUGUAAGCAUUUUCUAGAUCUUUUUACCUUUACCUUACCUUAUCUACAUCUUUUUACCUUUACCUUACCUUAUCUACAUCAUGUAUAUGGGGGGGGGGUGUUUAUCCUGAUGGGCCAGAUCCUUAUCUUCUCUCAUCUCCUGUAUCAACUUCAGCAGCUGGGUGGGACAGCCCCCUUGUCAAGUUAUCUGACAUCUGGUGAUUGACACCUAUCAAAAGUCCCUUAUGCAAUGCUUCACAAGCACCCAGCAAGCUGCCAGUUCCCAGGUGGUUUCUCACCCCAUAUCCAGUUGAUGGGCAGGUUCUGCCUCUCAAAGCGUUCUGAACAUUGAUGUGCGGAGUUUUAAUUUUAGGAUAUUGCUGGAGAAUUUCUGGGCCUCCCUGCUCUGCUCCUCCUCCUAUCAUCACACCUUCAAAAAGAAUUCUCCUGGCUGCAAUGAGGACUAGAAACCUAGAUUUUAAAAGUGUUGCAAACCAUGCCCUUUCUCUAACAGUUAAGUCUCGUCUCUUCAAGACUCUGCAGAUCAUACCCACUUUUAGCAAAGUCUUUGUUUUAGCAACCCAGCCAGAUAUAAAUAUUAUUAUUAUUGUUGUUAUUAUUAGCUUA